GCGGUGGCUUCGGCUCGUUGUUUGAUUGCUCUUCACUCGCUCACACUGAAUUCGAGAUCAUCUCACCGAGUAAGUUUUGUCGACAGUGAGGAGUCGCGUGGCGUCCGCUACACACACGGGCAUUUCGACUUCACAAACACCUUCCCCGGUCAUUUAGGACUAAUAAGGACAAAGGGACGGAGGAGUUUCACCGUGGGAAUGACGGAGCCAUGGACAAACGCUUGGCACUAAUCUCGGCCAAUGACUGACAUUAAACAAGGGAGACACAUCUUACAACUGUCUGGCGUUGAGAGCAGCCCGAGGACUGAGGCGUGGGUCUCGGAAGGAUUCAGCUCUGAAUGCUUGCAUAUCUCAGGGUUUAUUGUGUGCGUGCGUGCGUGCGUGUAGUUUUAAUGUAUCCAAACAAUAGGCAGUUUGGAGAGAGGGGAAGUGGGAGCUUGUAAUACACGCUUCCCUUGCGUAUGCCAGCCAGCCGGUAGGCAUAGGAAAGCUGAAGUCCUGUUUUAUACAACUGGACACUUCUGAACCGUUUUAGUGCUUGAAAUUUUUAGCUCUUUACCGAUCCAUGUUGAUUAAUUAAACCCCUCGUUUUACUUAACAUUCAGGUUUCGGUUUCUCUCCAGGGACUGCAGGCGCUCUAAACAACUGGUCGUUUUUAGCUCCAUAUCAGUAUGGACGAUGGACGAUAAAUGUGCAUUUUUCAGGGGAGAGCAGCUUUAUGUGUGACUUUUUAAUCUAAUGAUUUUGUUUAAACCCUGACAGAAGUUUUCGACUUCCUGCUUUAGUUUCGCUCGACUCGGGAGUGUUAUUGUCAUAAAGAUUAUGGCAGCCGUUGUGAAUUACUCUCCUCCGUGGUGGGUUAACCUUCUCCACAGACUGCCUCACUUUAAUCUGCAGUUUGAACAAACCAGCAGUGAUUUUCGCCCAGAGGACUCCUCAUACCAGCAGUCCAUCCUGCUGCUGGGCAGUGUUGCUCUGGCAUGCUUGGCCUUGGACCUCCUCUUCCUCCUCAUCUACUCCUGCUGGCUGUGCUGCCACCGUAAGAAGAGCGAAGAGCAGCCAAACGCAGACUGCUGCUGCACCGCCUGGUGCGUCAUCAUCGCCACCCUCGUCUGCAGUGCCGGCAUUGCUGUUGGUUUCUACGGCAAUGGUGAGACCUGUGACGGUGUGAAUCGGCUUACCUACUCCCUCCGCCAUGCCAACCGUACCGUGUCAGGAGUGCACAGACUGGUGACAGAAAGUACAUCAGCUCAGAGCCAGACUGUGGACGAGAACCUUCGGCUGCUAAAGGAACAGUAUGCAAAGCACACAGACUACCUGUCCAUCAUACAGAAACUCCAGGAUCAGCGGAACGAGCUGGUUCGUCAGAUGGCUGACAUUCCCUUUUGGAGCAAUCUCAGCAUCUCCCUGGAGGAUCUGGCAACCCAGAUUGAACUGUAUGACUGGUACAGGUGGCUGGGCUACCUGGGUCUGCUGCUGUUUGAUGUGCUCAUUUGCCUGCUGGUGCUCUUCGGCCUCAUCCGCAACUCCAAAGGAACUCUGAUUGGGGUGUGUUUUCUGGGUGUGUUGGCGCUGGUAAUCAGUUGGGGCUCACUGGGUCUGGAACUGACUGUCUCCUCGGGCUUCGGUGACUUCUGUGCGGCACCUGACAUGUACAUAACCAAGGUGUCAGAGCAGUACAUGCUUAUCAAGAAAGAUAUCCUGCAGUAUUACCUCACAUGUAACAUAGGUCAGGUCAACCCCUUCCAACAGAAGCUGUCAGGAAGUCACAAAGCACUGGUGGAAAUGCAGGACGAUGUGUCAGAACUACUGCGCUCUGCAGUCCGUGAUUACCCCAGAACAAAGGGAAACCUUGAGCAAAUUCAGGGGGGCUUGAACACCACUGAAGUUGGACUGCACCAGCUCACUGCUCUUGUAGACUGCCGCAGUUUGCACAUGGAUUAUGUGCAGGCAUUGACCGGAGUGUGUUAUGAUGGACUAGAGGGUCUGAUCUACCUGGUGCUGUUCUCGUUCAUCACAGCUCUCAUGUUCACCUCUGUCGUGUGCAGUGUGCCACACACAUGGCAUGGCAAAAGGUGAGCUCUAAAGAGAAAAACAAAUUCAUAAAUGUUCCAAAUAUAUUAUU